AAGAAUGGAAAUUAGCUACAGUCCAAUCUAUUGUGAAGAAGGACCUCCUGAAUUAGUUCGACUGAUCAUUGAAGAUUGUGAAAACCUUUGUUUAUCAAAAACACCUUUGUUUGUGAAUGCUUGGGCACCUGAUCUGACUUAUUUAGACAUUAGAUUUAUUGAUGAUUGGAAACCUAUUCAAGAAUUCCAUCAAUUUAACUUGGCGGAUUUAACUCAUCUAACGAUCAGAUCAUCUUACAAAUUCGAUUCUUUACAAUGCUUUUCAAAUUGUAAAAACCUUUCUCAUCUUAGUCUUGUACGAUUUGGAAAAGAUAAACAAACGAAAUUUUCCGAAUCGAUCAUGGCUAAUAUCUUUCCUAAACUGAAGGUCUUAUCUUUUUAUACACAUCAUUCAAGUAUCACACUUGAUUCAUUGGUCGAUCUUCAAUUGUUUCCAAUAGAUGUGUUUUGUAAAUCUAAGGAGAUUGAACUGAGAGUCUUGUGUGAAGAAACUUAUCAUGGAACUCUAUAUGAUGGAUCAAUGCUUCAUGCAACUCCGGAUUGAAGAUCAGACACUGAUGGAUUUGAAAUGAGAUGAAGUUUUCAAUUUUUUGGUAGAAGAGCUAGAUGUAUUUAUUGUGAAUAGAUUCAAUUUUUUUUGGAAUAUAAUCAGUUUCAUUAAAGUCUAUUUUAGCUAAGGGCUCAAUUGGAUGUCUUAGAAAAACUGUAUCUGGUUAG